AUGGCGGCCCAGGGUCUUCUCUCUGGGAGGCAGCUGCUGGGGAGGCCUCUGCAGUCUUCCAUCUCCAGGUCGUCUUCCUCCCGGAAGUCCCCCUUCGUCGUCAGGGCAUCUUCCAGCCCCCCUGCCAAGCAAAAUGACAACAGGCAGCUGUGGUUUGCGUCCAAGCAGUCCCUCACCUACCUCGACGGCACGCUGCCCGGUGACUUUGGCUUCGACCCCUUGGGGCUGUCCGACCCAGAGGGCACCGGCGGGUUCAUCGAGCCCAGGUGGCUGGCCUACGGCGAGAUCUUCAACGGCCGGACGGCGAUGAUGGGGGUGGUGGGCAUGAUCGCCCCGGAGGCCCUGGGCAAGGUGGGUCUGGUGCCCCCGGAGACGGCGAUCCCGUGGUUCCAGGCAGGCGCGAUCCCGCCGGCAGGCACCUACCAGUACUGGGCCGACCCCUACACGCUCUUCGUGUUCGAGAUGGCGCUCAUCGGCUUCGCGGAGCACCGGCGGCUCCAGGACUGGUACAACCCGGGCUCCAUGGGCAAGCAGUACUUCCUGGGCCUCGAGAAGUACCUCGGUGGCUCCGGCGACCCCGCCUACCCCGGCGGGCCCAUCUUCAACCCGCUCGGGUUCGGCACCAAGAGCGAGAAGGAGAUGAAGGAGCUCAAGCUCAAGGAGAUCAAGAACGGCCGCCUCGCCAUGCUCGCCUUCCUCGGCAUGUCCCUGCAGGCCAUCUUCACCGGCGUCGGGCCCUUCCAGAACCUCCUCGACCACCUCUCCGACCCCGUCAACAACAACAUCCUCACCAGCCUCAAGUUCCACUAG